UUACUCCAAGACCUCGGAUCGUUUAACACGCAUUUUUCCAUCUCAAACCCGUUACUGUCAGAAUUUUCUUCCAUUCUCAAUAGAUUCUGAAAAAAUGUUUAUAAAUUAAUAAAUAAAAAUAAAAUUAUAACUUAUAUUAUAUUUUUUAGUGAAAAAAAUACAGUGUGAUAAAAAAUGAUUACAAAAACAUUUUUUCCAUGUACCAAUGUGUUAUCGUGAUUUUUAUAUUCUUUUUCCAUUCUUCUGGAAGGUGAUCUUGUGAAUCGAUAAUUGAAGAUUUCUCUCGACGAUAAAGGACUUUUCUUGAGGCUGCCUCAAGGAUAAUCAACUGAAAAAUGAAUAAAACUAUAAACGAUAUGACUACUACAACAAAAGAAUCAAAUUCGCCAGAAGAAGAAGAUGCGAUAGUGACACUAGUGAUUAUUAUUGUAGCAAUAAUAGUUGCAAUAAUUUUCCUUUUUUCAUUAGGACUAUUCCUCGAUUGCAAACAUCAGGAAAGUGAAUCUUUAAAUAAAAAAAGACUUAAAUUAAAAUUACCUAAUCGUAUGAAAAAAAGAGGUCCACAAAAACAGGAAGACUCCAAAUCGUUGGCAAAUGAAAUGUGUCCCACAGGAACUUCCGAAUUGGGAUACAAUAUGAGUGAUGCUGUAGUUUAACAAAAACUUCAAAUUCAUUUCCGCUUCAACUGAAUAUGCAUUUGAUCUUGGAGUUGAUUAACAAGACGAACAUCCGUUGACGUCAAUUAGCUCAAAAAUUCUUUUCUUCCACGAUAAAUAGGGAAAGAAACUGUAAAUCUGAAAAACUUAAUAACUUUAUUCAAUUAGUUUUCUAUAACACAGACUGAACAUUUUAUAAUCCACAAUAACUAAUUUAACACUAAAAAAUCGCACCAAAGCAAAACAUAUUAAUAAUUAAUAUUAAUUAAUUAUUCUACUUAUAUUAUUGUUAUUAUUUAUUAAUUAAUAAUUUAAACUAUUCAUUAGUUUUCUAUUAAUUAGACUCAGGACAAAGAUUAUUAGAAAUAAUAUUCAAUCUUUGUUUACGUUCAUUUUAAGAAUUCAUGGCAUGCAUUUAAAAAAGGAAAGCAUUUUCCUGACGUCAGUGACAUAAAAUAAACAGGAUUAUCUAUUCUAUUGUA